GGCCCCUGCCCAGUGGUAGGUUGCCGUCUGUUGCCCAAGCCCCUGUUGAGGGGUAGAUUGCCUUCUGUUGCCCGAGGCCCCUGCCCAGUGGUAGGUUGCCGUCUGUUGCCCGAGCCCCUGCCCAGGGGUAGAUUGUCGCCUGUUGCCCGAGCCCCAAGCCUAAAGGGGGGAGAUUGCCUGAAGACCCCCCCUGUG